CAAGAGUAGUUAGUAGUUAGUUUUACAAAUGUCAUAUCUAAUACAUGUGAAAUGGACUACUGUCUGCUGCUCUUAAUCGCUACCUCAGCUGUUUUGGAGAAGACUUGGUGUCUAAAUAAUUCAUUGAGCGCCAACAACACAGACGACAACAAUAUCACAACAAUCAACCCCCUCUCCACAACAGUGACCGAACCGAACAGCGACACAACAAUCAGCUCCCUCCACACAACAGAGACCACAACGAACAGCAUCACAACAAUCAGCCCCCUCUCCACAACAGUGACUGAACCGAACAGCAUCACAACAAUCAGCCCCCUCCACACAACAGUGACCGAACCAAACAGCAUCACAACAAUCAGCCCCCUCCACACAACAGUGACCGAACCGAACAGCAUCACAACAAUCAGCCCCCUCCACACAACAGAGACCACAACGAACAGCAUCACAACAGUCAGCCCCCUCAACAAAACAGUGAUUGUACCGAACAGCAACACAACAAUCAGCCCCCUCAACACAACAGUGACCGUACCAAGUCUGGUGUGUCAAAACGGGGGUAUCUUACUACAAGGGCAAUGCAUCUGCAAUGAAAAUUGGACUGGAGCUGUCUGCAACAUUUCAAAUUCCUGCCCUGAACAAAAGCCCACACCAUUCACCUUUCCUAAAACUGUCUUAGGCCAGUUUGCUUCCUCUAAAGAGCAAUGUGAACCAAACACAACAAAUGCUGGCAUGCACCGGGCUUCAGCCCUCUGUAAUAGAAAUACUCACUUAUUUGAUCCUCCAAAUAUUCUAAAUUGUAGUUGGACACUGGACACCAUUAAUGCACAGGUUUCUGGAGCUACUGUGGAAGAAAAACAGAAUUUAGCCUCCAGUACCCAGAUCCUCACAUCCAUACCAGAACGGCUAACACCCCACAACAUCACAAAUGCAGCUCAAAUAGCCAGUGCCCUGCUCUCUGACCAACAAACUGCACAUAUUACGGAUAUCACAGUAUCAGUAGUCGCUACAGUCAGUCAGCUCCUGAACGCAAGUCGUGAGAUAUUCUCUUCUGUCAACAAUACUGCAAUUUCUGAACUAACACAGACUCUACAGGAAGUGUCUCUGCAUGAGGAACCAAAUCCAUUGUUGGUGCAACCGAAUAUGGCAGUGCAGACACUGAAGGAGCAGGCCAAUCAACAAAGCCGAUCCAACAAGUGCAAUUAACUGCUUUUAAAGGGAAGAACUUUUCACCUGACAGAAUAAAACUGUAUACAACAGUGGCUGACAUUCCC